GACGUAGACUGACUGGCUUUUCGUUUAACAGCAAAACGAUGUAAUUGUGUUAACAGUCAGUCGCAUGAAACACAGCAAAGGAAAACCUACACGAUACUUUUGAUAUACUGCCAAAAUCAUACCUAAUAAUUCGAUAGUUCUAAUUCUCGCGUUCUAAUUGGAAUCAAAAGGGGCGGGGUCAACAGUUCCGCUCGCUCUUGUGGUUGGUGUAAUGCAGCGCUUCAACAGCAAGUGCACGCGUGCAAGUGUAGAAGUUGUGUAGUGGGUGAUUCUUGAGGCGCCGUGAGGGGUGACCGCUCUUCUGCAGGAGGUUUGUCCUUUCUGAGACAACGCCUGUAGUCCCUCUCCUCCAAUCAACCUCUCAGUAUUUCAUUAUGGAGGCCAGGGGUAAAUAUGACUUUAAUGGGACGGCAGAAGAUGAGCUCAGCUUCCGGAAAGGAGACAUUGUGAAAAUCCUGGGGUCUCAAGACGAAUGGUUUAAGGCAGAGCUGCACGGUCACGAAGGCUAUGUACCUAAAAACUAUGUUGAUAGGCAAACAUCAAGCUGGUUCAAGGAGAACGCCAGUCGUAGUACUGCUGAGGAGAUGCUCAUGUCCAAAGAGUUGGGGGCUUUCCUGAUCCGUGGCAGCCAGAGUUCCCCUGGAGAAUUCUCCAUCUCAGUCAGACACGAGUAUGAUGUACAGCAUUUUAAAGUUAUGAAGGAUAAUAAGGGCCAUUACUACCUGUGGACAGAGAGGUUUACCUCCCUAAACAAGCUGGUGGAAUACUACAAGACCUCUUCCAUAUCCAAGCAGAGGGAGAUCUUCUUGAGGGACGAAAGCAGUAAUGAGCCAAGAGCACCUCCACCCAUAAAAAGUCAGCCAGAGGUUCGGCCUCCCCCAGGUGGAGGUUAUGGCAAUCCCCAAACCAUAACUCAACACCGCAACACAACAGAUCAGACUCACAACCAGAAGAGUAAGAGGGGAAGUGUUGAGGAGAAACCUAACACUGUGGGUUACACAGGGAGGAACAGCCCAGUCCCUCGGAGAACCUCUGAAACUUUGCCUGCUCCGAGGUCCACCAUACAAGUGAGAGCACUAUAUGACUUCACAGCAGAGGAAUACGAUGAGUUGGGCUUCAAUGCUGGUGACAUUAUCGAAGUACUGGACCGCUCGGAUGCAUCGUGGUGGAAAGGACGAUUGCGUGGCAGGACUGGUCUUUUUCCUGCCAAUUACACAGAUCAAAUCUAACACGUUACCACUGCUCAGAGGUGAAAAAGCAACGUACCAAGAUCAUAUCCAUCAUUCUCCUACCAAAAGCCUGUCUAUGGACUGGACAAUAUGUUUAAGACUGCCAGUUUAUGAAGCUGGUUUAGGAUAACUGUAAAAAAAUAACUGAGAAGGAAAAACAGUACUCAUGAAGGACUUUGUUGGUUCUAUACCUAACAUACAGCCAUGUGUUUUGUUUCACAACUAAGGUACAAAAAAUGACUAGACUAUAGAUCAUUCCCCUUACAUGUCAAAUUUUCCAAAUUACAACACCAUUUCCUUUGAUAUUAAUUAUACAUUGCUCUAAUACAAUGAUGCUUUUAUCUCCUUGGCUAUGUCAAAAAGUUAAUUUUUGCUUAUUAAGUAGACACAAUAAAUGAGAAAAGAUUAACAGUGUUAUGGGCCGUUCAGAUCUGACGCGUUCUUGCACUUAAAAAAGUUGAGAGAUCAUGACCAUGUGUCGUCGUCAUCCCAGUCAUGUACUUAUUUUCCUUCCUGAAAAAAGCAUCCAGCCGGAAUUUAAAAAUUGGCUGAAAAUGUCUGGGAUUUGGCCUUGUCUUCAUAUUGACGUGCUCUCUACAGUAAGAAUGAUCAUACAUUCUGUGUAUACCUUCUGCACAUCAGUUUUUUUAUGUGUUACUAUGUUCUUAUGGUGUUUUUGUGAUCUUAUGUGAGUUGCAGAGCAUGCAUGCAAUCUUUCAAAAUACUAUUUUACACUCUCUCUCUCUCUCUCUCUCUCUCUCUCUCUCCCUUCAACUCACUUACUCUCUGCACACACUGUAUACAAAAAUCUAUAAUUUAUGUACACUUUUAAAAGUAAGCUCCCCAACUCUACAAAUUAUUAAAUAUAACACCUUUAUCAUCAGAUUCACGCUUACUAUGCAUUUACAUUUUUUAUGAAAAUGUUGAUAAUA